AUGUGGAUAGACGGCGAUGCUUGUCCUGCGCAUACUUACGAAACGGUGGUUGUAUCAAUAGAUCCUCUCAUGAUCUACCUACGGGACUUCAUCACUACAUCAGAAAGACAACACCUUCUCAAUGCGAGCAGAGGACGCUUCCAGCGCGCUGACUUCAGCCGUGGCUAUGAGAAGGAGAACUUCGAUAACGACAUUCGUGAUGCAAGCCUUGUGGACAUCGGGGACGAAGACUCUGUGAUGAACUGUAUUCGUCAGCGAGCGGCACGCUUCCAAGGGAACUGCCUCGACACGAGGAUUGAGAAGACCACGAUACAGACAUACGCCAAGAACGGGCACUUUACCUACCACUUCGAUGCCUUUUUCGACGACAUCGCCGCUGACAUCAAUGGAAACCGGAUAUCUACUUUCAUGCUAUACCUGGAAGCACCAGAAGUCGGCGGUGGGACUUCUUUUCCACGCAUAGCAGUUAAUAUUGACCCGCAGGACAAAUGCGAUAUCAUUGAAUGUCAUCAUACUGGGAAUGGCACUGUAUUUUGGCCAUCGAUUGGCAAUGGUAUUUUCUGGAUGAACUUGAACAAAGAGCGGAGGCUACAUCAUGAUACAUGGCACGCUGGCCUUCCCGUGCUUUCUGGUGUCAAAACAAUUGUCAAUAUAUGGUCUUGGAGCGAAGGGGCGCUAUUUGAAAAGUAG